AUGGCGACGCCUUGCACGGGGGAACGGGGAUCAGGAACAAACGGAGUUAUUUCAGAAACGCACGACAAAAAAUUAACCGAUCUACCGGCAGAGUUGUUAGAAUACAUUUUGUGUUUUCCCGUCUUGAAUCACGUCGACAUUUCCAGUGCGUCUUGCACCUGCAAGCGACUGCAUGAUGUCUGCCAUGGCAGGGGAAAGGUUUGGGGACACCAGUUCAGACUCAGAUGGCCAAGGUUGCAGAAAUAUUAUCGCCAAAGUGAGCAGUAUGACUGGCUGAAAGAAUACAGGACCAGACACAUCAUUGGGCUACAAAUCCGACGAACUGUUGAGUCCAUAUCGAAGAGAUUCUUCACAGAAGUACCUUGCGUUGGUCAGGUUCUUGGUGACAGCUUUGCAGAGAUUGAAUCACUCGGGGCACCAGAGCACUUUUGUGAGGAUGAGCUCCUCUCAAUUCUCAACUCUGACUGGAGGAAAAGCUUGACGCUGAAGUACUAUGCAAAGAAAAUCCUGUACUUCCUUCGCCAACAGAACAUCUUAAGGAAUCUAAAGGUCUUCUUAGAUCGUCCUCCAGAGCAGCAGUCUGCUCUUGAGGGUGCCGUUUUGGUAGAUCAGUACUGUAACCCUCUGGCAGAUGUCACAAUAGAAAAUAUAUCCACCCAGUUGGAAGACAUCACAGAAAAGGUGAAGAAAUAUCUUCGAGUGAAAAACCCCUCUCACCCUAGCCUGAGGAGCACUCAAGGUGAGUGCUCUGUCGUGGAGGACUUUGAGCUGCAGAGGCAGGUGCUCUGUGCCCUUAAUGCGGUCCUGUAUGAACAGCUCCAGUACAAAGGCAAUGAGUGCGACUAUUACAACCCCCUCAACUCCUACAUCCAUCAGGUGCUCCUCCGUCGGACUGGGAUUCCCAUAAGCCUCUCCGUUCUGUAUAUGACCCUGGCCAGGACGCUGGGGGUCCAGCUUGAGCCUGUCAACUUCCCCAGUCACUUUCUCCUGCGCUGGUGCCAAAAAGAAAGAGGGAGUGAUGAUAUCUGUGACUAUGUGUACAUUGAUGCAUUUGGCAAAGGCAAGCACCUGACAGCCCGAGAGUGUGAGGAGCUGAUCAGGCACCAGGUAACGGCUGAUAACUACAGCGCCAUCAACACUACGGAGGUACUGCUGAGGAUGGUGGGAAAUCUGCUGAACAUUGGGAAGCGUGGAGAGGGGAAUGAGAAAUCCUAUCAGCUCCUGAGAGACUCGCUGGACCUCUACCUCACCAUCAACCCUGACAACGUCCAGUACUUAAUGCUACAGGCCCGGCUCUACUUCCAUCUGGGCAUCUGGCCGGAGAAGGUCUUAGACAUUCUGCAACAUAUCCAGGCGCUGGACCCCUCCCAGCAUGGGGCCGUGGGCUACCUGGUCCAGCACACACUGGAGCACAUCCAGCAUAAGAAACACCCCGUGGAACCGGAGGUGAAGAAACGGAGCGCCCCAGAACACAGUGAAGUGCAGUACUCUGUAGGACUGAUCAUGAAACACAAGAGGUCAGGCUACAACUGUGUGAUUUAUGGCUGGGACCCAAAGUGUACUAUGAGUCAAGAGUGGAUUAACACUAUGAGAGUACAUCAGCUGUCGAACGGAGCCAACCAGCCCUUUUACAACGUCCUGGUCCAGGAUGGGACGUGCAGAUACGCAGCCCAGGAAAAUCUGGAGCCUCAUUCUGACCCGUUGGAAAUCGGCCACCCCGAGGUCGGCCGGUACUUCACAGAGUUUUCCGACACCCACUACGUCCCCAACGAGGAGCUGCAGACGCGCUACCCGGAGGACAUGCCAGAAACCAUGGCAACUGUUCAGGAGCUCUACCACAGACUGACUCCGAACUCAGGGCACCAGGAGCUUCCACAGGACCAACAGAGCCACAAAGCCAAUACCCCAUAACCCCGUAGAUUAGAAUGUUCCAGUAACUCUUCACUUAAAGCCAGUGUACGCAAGACAUUACGAACCAGUCAUAAUGCAUCAUAAGAGUUGUUACAAGCAGGUGUACACUCCCUACAGUGUUAAAGUCAUAGCUUAUUUUGCAAACGUUUUAUCAUCAGAAUACUUCUGAAGAAAAGUACCCGUUAAAAGGGAACAGGAUGUUGUUACUGAAAUGUAGAGCAUUAUGUGAAAGUUAUAUUUGCUCAUAACAACUAAUGAUGUGUUAUCAUCACAGCUUUCAAGUGAAGUGGUCCUUGAUUUGUCCACUCAUUUAGAAUGCUUCAGUUCCUUUAACCCUCAGCCCCUUUGCAAGUGCCAA